CUCGUGUUGAGUUUGUGACAAAAAGGUGAUAAAACGUUAGGAACUUUUUGAAAUGUCGUUUGCCAAUAAAAGUGCUUUAGUUACGGGAGGAACUGGAGCCAUUGGUGGAGCUAUUUGUGAGGAACUUCUCAAGAAUGGUGUAUCGUAUUUAGCAGCUUUAGAUAUAAGCUCCAAUGAGCCUCCUAUUGUAGCUCAAUGGAGGAAAAGCUUCCCAAAAGCUUCAAUUCGUUACUUUCAAGUAGACGUUAGUUCUCGGAAGCAACUAAAGAAGUGUUAUACAGAUUUCACAAAGAACAUCCCAAGUCUUGACAUUGUCAUCAACUGCGCGGGAAUUGUUGAUGAGAAUAAUUUUAGAAGAACAAUUGAAAUUAAUCUCUAUGGAGUUAUGGGGUCAACUAUGCUUGCAAUGGAUUACAUGAGAAAGGACCAAGGUCACGGUAAAGGUGGAAUAAUUCUCAAUGUUUCCUCUGUAGCUGGGCUUACGCCCAUGAGCAUGAUUCCAUUUUAUUGCGCUUCUAAACAUGCCAUCAUCGCCUUCACGAGAGCUCUCAGCCAUGAUCGGGAGUAUCUUGGAAUUAAAUUCCUGCUUCUCUGUCCUGGUGGAACACAAUCGCAACUCUAUGAUAUUCUCAAAGAUGGAACAGGAUUCUUUAUGACAACGCAAGAAAAAAUUGAUGCCCUCAGAAAUAAGUUUCCUACCCAAAGUCCAGCGGAAGUGGCUAAAGAAACAAUCAAAUUGAUGCAAGAAGGCAAGAGUGGGAGUGUCUGGGUUGUAAAUGAAGGAAAAACAACAGAAGUUAAUUUGCCUGCAAUUGUGUUGUAAUUGUUUUGCUCAAGGAAGUAGAUUUUCUUGUAGAGUAGCUGUGUUUAUUCAGUUAACGUAUUACUUUGUAAAAUUAAGUUUGAAAUAAAACUGUAAAAAAAAACUUAAGAAAAA